CGUAUGUUCGAAUUUCCAAACGCGUUCUCCACUUAAAAAAAAAACAAGGUAGACACCAGAGGUCACUUCUCGGCCGCCGUAAUAUAUAUGUUACCCCUCUGAAAAAAGUAAACACUACCCUUAAAGAUUUAAAGACACUUCCCGACACGCGUGUUUUGGUUAUGUGAGAUUUCGUUCCUGCGCGCCUGUGACAGAAAUACAUUUAAAAGGAUGGACGUGGUGUGUUUCCGCCUGCCUGGCCACAGCGACGCCGCUCUGAGGAACAUGAACUCGUUGCGGGAGCAGCGGCACUUCUGCGACAUCACCAUCAUGGCCGGAGGCAGGCAGAUGUUCCGGGGUCACAAAGUGGUGCUGGCUGCCGGAUCGGCUUUCCUCAGGGACCAGUUUUUACUGAACCCCUUCGCAGAGCUACAGGUGUCAGUGCUGCACAGCUCCACGGUGAUCCGCGAGCUGCUGCAGUCCUGCUACACGGGCGUCCUGCAGUUCAGCGCCAAAGAGAUCGUAAAUUACUUAACGGCGGCCAGCUACCUCCAAAUGGAGCACGUGGUGGAGAAGUGCCGAAUGGCCUUGAGUCAGUACCUGCAGUCUAAGAGCGGCAUUUCAGGAGGUGUAAAAUCAGAGGAGUCCCAUGCGAUGGCGGCGAUCGUCAGCGGAAGCACUCGUUCUCUGGACGAUACGUCGCCUCCUCCUGAGCGUGCCUUGUCGCUGCAGCCUCACAGCUCGGAGGAGGAUCCGCAGGUCUCGGGAGUCGAGCAGGCCGCUGUUCAGCAGCACAAAGAUGAGGCCGAUUUGUCCAUAGAGCGGCUUCGAGCCUCGGAGGACGAAGAGAGCAGAAACGACUUCAGCGUGUUCGAGGUGCGCAUCAGGGACGAGCACCACGACGCCGAGGACAACGCAGGAAUCCAGGAGGACGGCGGAGACGUGUUCGCCUUACGCCAGGCCGUACAUCCGCACGCAGAGGAUCCGAGCAGGGAUGAAGGUGGCGCGCCAGGAAGCAGCCCACGCGGUGGAGUGCGCAUCUGGAGGCGGAGAUUCGGGGAGCCCAGGGGCGGCCGUGGGCGGGGCUUCAAGCACAGGAAGCGAUACACCUAUCGCGAACGAAGGCCUUUGGGGAACUUUCAGCAGGCUUGGCGCUUUCCCACCUCCGAGGAGAUCAUGGGGAGUUUCGGAGCGGGGAUCGGGCAAGACUACAUGGCUCUCGGAGAGGGUCCGAUGCGGGUGGAUUACCAGCCGUCGGAAGGCCAAGGAGACGCGGCAGGUUCGGAUGGCGGCCCUGGUCACUUUAGCAUGGACGGAGUCAACGCUGAGGACGACGUCGGAGUCGUAUCGUUGGCCAAUAACGAAGACGAUGGCGGUGAGGACUCUGUGGCGGUCGUGGGCUCCACGUCCUGCGUGACCGGCUCGGUGGCGUGCGAGCAGUGCGGCCUGGCGUUUUCUUCCGUGGAAGAUUUAGCCGCGCACUCGCGCUCCACCCACCUGCUGUACGUGUGCCCGUGCUGCGGCAAACACUUCAGCCAGACCAGCAACCUGAACCGCCACAUGGCCGUCCACCGCUCGGCCAAGCUCCACAGCUGCCCGCUGUGCCACAAGACCUUCACGCAGAAGUCCACGCUGUCCGACCACAUGAACAUGCACAGUGGACAGCGGCCGCACGUCUGCGCCUUCUGCCGCAUCUGCUUCGCCCACAAACCCGCGCUGCGGCGCCACCUGAAGGAGCAGCACGGCAAGACCACCGCGCAGAACUACCUGGAGAUCCAGAGAGAGUGCGAGGAGCCGGCUAUAGCAGGAGGAGGAGGCGUUUAAGAUGACUCUCUUUUUCAGGAGGGGAUCUAGACGAGCAUUAUUGAUCUGGUGAGGAUCAAGGGCCAGAGUCUGACAGAAUCUUAACCUUCUACAACGUGUGAAUCCACACUCGAACACACACGCACACAUCAUGUGUUGAUGGUUUUUUAAAUUGACCAAUUACGCUAAUCAAUCAAGACUUGUUUGGUGUCUGACAUUUUGCUUCUUUCAUUAUGCACUGGAGCUUCCGGGAUAGUUUAGUGAACAAGUUACAGGUUCUUGACCUUUACUAUCCAACUUCGUCUCCAUUUUACUGACCGCUGUUUUGAGUAAUUUUAUAUUUUAGUACUCGAGUACAAAAAAGGGGGAAGGGGGGGGGGGUUAAGAAAGAACUUACUCAGUAUUUUACGUAGUUUACACGACAAAGCGGGCGACCGACUGAAUAAUUUUUCUAACUUUAUACUGCCUCGUUUCUCAAUCCGGAUACGAACGGAUUUAUUUGAAAAUCAUUCACAGCAGCUUUCUCGCUCACACACACAUUUUUGGUAUCGAUGUGGGGGAAAAAAUAAAUACAACUUUACUAACAGACUGAUACACGAGGCUCAUUAACAGUAUCGCGUAAAACCAAAGCAGGUGAUUUUAAAAUAAAUGAAUGUAAAAAAAAGUGUUUAAUUUUGUUUUAUCGUUAUUUAUCUUUCUUCCCGUCUUUAUCCGUACAAAUGCUCACUACAUAUAGGAUCGAACGUAGAUGCGCAGUAGAAACGUGUAUUUUAACGAAACACGCACUCGGUAUUCCCUGUUGCGUUUUUACACGCCGCGGGAUUAAAGUAUCGGCACCCUCGGCUGUGCUUACUCUCGCGCAGACAUUAAUGCCGUCGCCGCAAACGACCUUUAAUUAAACCGGCUGUAUUUACAAAUGAGUUGGUCGUUGUUGUUUUUUACAUUAGCCUCACCGCUCCAGAGCAAAACCGGAUGACCAAACAUUGUCUUGGCUGAUCGCUUGCCCUUGAGGGGAAAGUAUUAAAAAAAAAAAGUCCUUCUUCAGAGUCAGAAGACACAGAGGGAUGCGAGGAGCCUUAAAGAUCCAGAAGUCAGAGUCUGGCCUUAAGUCUGAACGUCAGAUUAUUUACGUCGAUGCCUCACUAGCCACGUCCUGUUCAGCUCAUUCACGAGGGCCUGGGUCUUGAGACGUGUGAACUUCCGUGCCUCAUUGAUAAAUUAGUAUCUGAACACUGUGCUGACAGACUGCAUUGUGGAGAAUAAACAAAAACGAGAACAAAACCCGUGUCGGUGUAAUGGUCUGUACGUGCGUUCGGUAAAUAUCCUGUGACUAGUCGAUUAACCCGGUUAGCAACAAGCCGGUAACGUUGUGAUUGAGUGUAAUGUGUUUUGUUUCAUGUUGUGUCUUUAGCUACAGUAUGUUGUCAUUUACAACCAAUUAAAAAACAAAACAGGGAACCUUUUAAUGGAUUUCUUUCCUUCAUUUUUCUGCAAAGCAUUACGGACUUAUUAAAAAAAAAAAAAAAAAGACGACUUGUA